GCACGGGGAGGGUGGCGUGUUCGGUGCGCGUGCGCGGUGCGACAGCGCAUGCGCGGUAUCGCCAGGCAGCGGAACAGGGUGACCCUGAGCGUCCGGAUACCCGCGCGAUGCUGAGCAGGUUCAUGGGCCCGCGGUACCGGGAGCUGGCCAAGAAUUGGAUGCCCACGGCCAGCAUGUGGGGUGCUGUGGGUACCGUGGGGCUGGUGUGGGCCACUGACUGGCGACUGAUCCUAGACUGGGUGCCCUACAUCAAUGGCAAGUUCAAGAAGGAUGAUUGAUUGGCCAGGCCUUUAAGAGCCUCUCUGAGCCCCUCACAGAUGCGUUCAGUGUGCCUGGUGGCUGCGGUCCCUGACCUCGUCAACAGCCAGCUUCCUGUGUGCUCAGCUCCGCCUUCCCCUCCCCAGGUGCCCCACCUUGGACCCUGCCGUUGGUGCCGUGAGCAUCCCAGGGAGUGGCUCUACUGCUGGACACUGUAGCAUUAAACUUCCUCUGACACCAGCCUUGCCUGGGUCCUGGGUCUUGUGCUCACCAGCCAGUUCCCUCCACCACCGUAACCCAAGAGCUGUUUAUAUUGUGAACGUCUCUUGAAAUGUACAAGUAAAUCUGGGAUCCUUACUGGA